AUGCAGGGCUGCAGAGCAAGAUGCAGGGUGGGAUUCCUGGUCGUGUUCUCUCUAUGGAUGGGGCUUGUAGCUCUUUACGGUCUGUUGAAGCCUGCUCCGAGCAGUUGUGUGAUGACAUAUAUGUAUCCGACAUACAUUCCUAUCUCGACAGCCGCAAAUAUUUCGGCCGGCAAGUAUGGGCUGUUCCUGUACCAUGAAGGCUGGAAAGCAAUAGAUUUCAAUGAACAUCUGCAGAACCUUAAUGGCGUUCCUGUUUUGUUUAUUCCCGGGAAUGGUGGCAGCUACAAGCAGGCAAGUCCAUUUUGAACGUUUGGUGAUAUUCCUUGUUGAACAAGUCCUGAAUAUAGCUUAAAAUGGGGGAGAAUUGCCAGUUUUGGUCAUUACAUGCAUCUUUUGUGGACUUUCUUGUAUAAUAAUACUUCAACGGGAUUAGAGGCUCUUGGAAUGUUGCAAACAUAGAUGGCUUGAAGGACUGUUGUACCCCGUGAUCACAUCUUUUCCCUUCAAUUUUUUUUCCAAUGCAAUGGAAGAAUGUAACCUUCAUUGAAAAAGUCAAAAAACAGAUGCCCUAUUGCAAGUGGUUCAAAGAAACAUCCUCUUUAAGCAUCAAAGGGCUAUGAUUUUUGACCUAUCUGAGGGUCACAGUGCUUCCUGUUAGAUAAACAAAGCCCUAGUUUUUGAGUCGUAAUGAGACUUGCAGUCUACCGUCCUAAAGAAUCAAAAUAUUUACAUGCAUUCAACCAGAAUGAGCCUUCAUCCCAUGCAGAUCCAAAUGCUCAAUAGUCUGUUGCCAGCUUUGGGUACCAAAAGCAGAGUCUAGAGGCCACACAAAAUAAUAUAAAUAAGCCAAUGUGUACACAGUUACAGCUUCAUUACGAAAGGAAAAAAAAUGAAAUUCAAUGUGUUUAUUCAUCUUACACAACCUGUAGAAAUCAUGCUGAAAGGCAAUGUUUCUUGCUUACUUUCCUUUUUCUUCCUUUUUUUGCUUGAUUCACUAAUUUACUUGAGGGACAACGCCUCUUUUACAUCAGCAUUUUCUCUAUUACUUUAUUUAUUUUUAUUUCAGAUGUUGCACAGACACCCUAGCCUCCCUCAAAUGAGAGACAACGAUGGACUGUUAUAAUUUAUGCAUGUGCUCCUACAAUAUUCAUAAAAUGAGACUAUAUAUCCGUUCCCUCAUUAUCAUAAACAUUGCUCUUGAAAACUUUUGCAAUAUCGUCACUCAGUACUUUUUGCUCCUACCCAGUGGAGUAAAAUCCAUUAGUGUUAUUAUGCAUUUUCCUUGCAUCAAAAUAUUCCAAUUCCUUAAGAAUUCAUCUCUUCUAAUGUCUUUCUAAACCAUUAUGUUUCCAUUUUUAGCAUUUUUUUAUCCCUUUUUUAUAAAUUUGAAACUUAAAGAUAAUUUCCUGUUAAAAUUGAGCGGAUCACAUUCAAGUGUACAACCAACAUCCACUUUCAUUGUCCUCAAUGUAUUCAAUUUCCAAAUGAUUUUUAAGAUUUUAAUAUUUAACUUUUUUGAAGACUUAAAAAACCAUAGCGUUUAUCCUCUUUAAAAUCCUUAGAUGUUUGUAAAUCAUUUACAAACACAGAUAUAAUGGACAACAUCAAGACAAGCUAGAUGCAUAUCCAUUUCGAAGAUUUCAAUUUUGUUUUUGAAACAUUUUUUAUUAUUUAGCACCCAAUUCAUGUAAAAUUUCUCCAGUUACUGGGCUCGCAUCCUGAUUAAUGCGAAGUUGAUAAGGAAGGCUUGAUAUUGGGAUUUGAGGGUGUUUGAAUGGAAAUUUUCAGGUUGAGCACCUGCUCAGUGUCAUUUUCUGCUAGAGGGGCGGUUAUAAACUUUCACAAUUGAGGGUACUGGCUAGGGUCAAACCAUAGGUGCUUCCUAGAACUUGUACAAUAUAGGAGAAUCAUGCUAAAUCCAAAUUCAAGGGGCAGUUCGUCGCAUUGGGCUGUGACACAUUGCUGGGGCGUUGGUAGGUGAGGGAUGAGCAAUACCUUCUUUCAUAUUUUUGGUGUGAGCUAGGUAGUUAAUAAGUUUUCACUGCCAAGUUGGUAGCUUAUAUUGCUUUUGAAUAGGAGCAUCCUGGGGUUUGGGGGGUUGGUUGGAUGUGGGGAUUCUUGAGAACUCAUACACACGACCUGUUUUUCUCUGACUUUUUAUUGGGACUAUUGACUUGAAAAAAAAUGAUUAUCCAAUUGUCGUUUGGCUUGAAAACCCAAUGUGCUGUAUCUCAUGAUAGUCAAACCAUAUCGGAUUGUCAGCAAAUCAUGUUGCGCAUGUUGUUAUGUAGUCCUAUCAUUUGUUAACUUGAUCAGACUUCAACGUGAAAGAAGAGGUGUAGCAAGUAAUAUUCUUGAAUAGGUUCAUAGUUUCUUAGAACCAUUAAAGUGCCUUGUGUCUUAAAAGUUUUGACUUGUGUUUCUUGGUUUCUUAUACAUGCUUGUGUCUGACCCUGCCACACUGCUUUGGAAGGACUGGGUUCUCCCAAGUAUUAUGUUCCCAUUACCUUGAGAGUUGUGAAAGCCUACUGUAACUGAAGAACAACCAAAAGUUGAGAAAUCCGUGAGAAUUCCAAUUCAACUCAUGACAAGAAAGUAGACAUUAACUCGCCUUUGGUACAUUAAUAUGAUCCAUCAUAUCAUUCUUUUCUCUAUGGGCAUGAGUUUCUAUUUGAUGUCAUUCUUUCAUAACUUCCUGUAAUUGAAGAAUCUAUCUUUACUGGCUUUUCGUGAAUUUAAAAUCUCGUUUUAUUUAAUGUACCAUGAAAAUGCGUCUCUGACGCUUUACACAUUGAUCCCAAGAUCGGAUUGUUCAGUGAAUCUAUCUAGGUCGUCCCUUAGGCAAUGAAUAAAUGUGUUCUGCCUAUUUUUUUCAUUUUAGUCUCCUCAUCAUCUAUGUUACACAAGCUUUAUCAGGUCCUUUCCUUGAUUUUUCCUUAGUUUCAUAUUUCUUGUGUUUUGAGUUUUAAUGACUUGUGAUCUUCUUUCAGGUGCGUUCUUUAGCAGCAGAAUCUUCUAGGGCCUUUCAAGGAGGGCCACUUGAGCCCAGUUAUUACAAGGAGGCUUCUCUUACAAUUUCAGGAGAAAGAAGUAAUGCGUUGGAGGGUCAAGAUGAGCUCUCAUUUCCAUCUUCCAGUCAGUAUACUCGAAAGCUUGAUUGGUUUUCAGUGGACCUUGAAGAAGAGCAUUCAGCACUAGAUGGUCAAAUACUUGAAGAGCAGACUGAAUACGUUGUCUAUGCUGUACACAGGGUAUUCCUUUAUUUGUUUCUGUUUCAAAAGUCCAUAAAGGCGUCCUAUCUUUAUUGCCGUGUUCAGGUUUCAGAAAAACUUGAAAAUAAUAUUGCAAAACAUCUAUUCUUUAGCAUACUGUAGUUUUUUCUCUUUUUGCUCAUGCUUUUCCCUUUUUUCUACGUCCCUUUUUUCUCUAUGAUGUUUUAACAGGAAAUUUCAAUGGAUCAAUGUUCUUACUCUUUGGUAUGAACUUGCUAUGCUAUCUAUACGAGGUUUAGAACGAGAAAUUAUCAUAAUAUGAACAUCUGAAUUAUUUUCUGUUUAAAAAAACAAAAUCCAUUGAUCUCACAUACCUUGAGUAGUCAACAUUAAAUAUAGGUUGAUUGAUUAUUUCUUCUUUGUUAAAUUUGUUGACGGCUGUAAACAUUUUGGCCUUUCAGAUUGCAGACUAUUAUAUAUAGCUAUUGUAUAAUAUCUGAAGAGUUUGUUGUAGAAUCCAGUCCAGCGUAGAACGUUUUGUUUAUUUUUCCUUCAACAAUAUUCGCAUUAGUGUUUGGAGGUCACAUCAUUUUUAAUCUCUUAUUUAGAACCUCUAUUUCCUAAAUAAGCAUGUCAUUUUUUUCUUAGAAACUAUGAGUGAUAAGUAGAACUGCUGUUUGGGGCGCGCUACAAAUUUGAUCGAGUGCAUCCUCUCGGUUCUUUCCGCAACUGUCUUGUCUCUGUAUCUGAAUAAUUUUUGUUUACAUUUACUUUGCUAGAUAUUGGAUCAAUACAAGGAAUCCAUGGAAGCACGUUCAAAACGUGGUGAGGUCCUUCAGAAUUUGCCUACUAGUGUGAUAUUAGUGGGGCAUUCUAUGGGAGGUUUUGUUGCUAGAGCUGUUGUUGUCCACCCACAGUUAAGAAAGUCAUCUGUUGAAACUCUUGUGACACUUUCAAGUCCUCACCAGUGAGUACAGCUAACACUUAUUUUAUUUGGGAUUAGCUAUUACCGAGUUUAUUUCUUUGCUGAGAUUAAACAUAUAUAAUCGUCCAAGUCAUCUCCUUUAUGUAUAUUUAUCCAGGUCACCUCCUGUCGCAUUACAGCCAUCACUGGGACAACUCUUCUCAGAAGUGAAUAGUGAAUGGAGAAAAGGAUAUGAGAUCCAGACUACACGUGCAGGACAUUUUUUGUCUGGUCCUAAACUGUCGCAUGUUCUUGUGAUCUCUAUAGCUGGUGGCGUAUAUGAUCAUCAGGUUGCAUUUUAGCCUUGACAUAUUUUGUGGUAUAUUUUCAUUAGCCACCUGAUUUUUCAAGCAUGCUAUAUGACAUCCUACAAUCUACGUGCAAGAGGCCAGAAAAAAAAAAUUACAAUGUAACCUCUUAGAAUGUAUCACACUAGUACAUGCUUUACAUAUGUUAGCUUUACAUAUGUUAGCUUCCUUGUGAAGACUAUAAAUAAUCGUGGAGCUGGUAGCUGAAAAUGCUUUUCUGGUCUCUGUUUCAGAUCAGGACAGAAUUGACAUCUCUUGAAGGAAUUGUUCCUCCGACACAUGGUUUUAUGAUAGGUACCUCAAGUGUGAAGAAUGUAUGGCUUUCAGUUGAUCAUCAGUCUAUUCUAUGGUGUAAUCAACUUGUUAUACAGGUAUAAUUUGCAGCAAUAGUCUAUCAGAGAUGCCGUGAAUUCACUUACCAAUGGACCAAAUAUUACUGCAGAUCUCCCACACCCUUCUUAGUCUGAUAAAUCCAGGAAACGGACGACCAUUUCCAGGCUCACAAAAAAGGUUGGCUAUAUUUACUAAAAUGCUUCAAAGUGGUGUCUCUCAAAGCUUCCACAGAACUGGGGAUCUGCAGCCAUCCUUGCUCGAAAAUGGUGCUCUCAUCAAGAAUGCAAGGGAUCCUGCUGGUAUAACAUCCUCACACCCUUCUGGAAACGCAGCUAUAUGCUUUAUUAUACUGACCAUGGGAUAAGAACCAGGAAUGGAUAAUUCUAUUGACUAAGCACUUCUCAGUUUGAGGAAGAUUGCUACUGUUUUGAGAGCAGCAGAAAAAAUAUAUGCUGUCAUACCUGUCAUGUCGAACAAUUUAAAACUCUUCCUGGCUUAUGGGUUAAAAGAAAAAUUACACCGAAGUAAUAUAUAGCAAAUAAUGUUUAAGAAAGUUGCAUCCUGUUGAUAUUUUGACAUAUAUAUCUAUCGUCUGGAAAAUUGAUAUUUUGACCAUCUGUUAAUUAGUUGAUUGAUUCGUUGCUACCUCUGUUGGAAUCUAUGGGACAUAGUUGGAGGGUAGCAAAAGUAAGGAUCCACUUUAAUGUGGUAGAGAAUAUUGGGAGAUAUUUUUCAGGUACAGAUAUAAUUGAAGGAAAGAAUCGAAAGAUGAGAAUUCUUCUGACUAUUUUCCUUGCUGAAGAUUCUCAGAGAAGAGUGGUUCCAACUAUCAAUAUAAAUAAGCUCAGAAGUAACCAACUAUCUUAGUAAGAUUGCAGAGCAGAAAACUAAGAACGUUUUGUGGCAAAUAAAGUUAGGGGAUUAAAUAAGUUAUGUCAUACUGGUUUUUGUGUUAAGUCAGAGUUACCAUAUCAAUUUUUUAAUCAGAUGUACAAUGCCUUUUUACUUUUGAUGAUGAGAUUAAUUAUACGUCUUACUCAUAUUCUCCAUGCAUAGAAGAUUGAGCGGGUAUUAAUUACCCUAGAUCAGUAGUUAAUGAGUUUCGUAACCUAUGAUCUUCCUUUCAGGAUCUCAAUUAAUGGCUCAUACUUCUUGUCCACCACCAGUUCAUUGGCCUGAUGAUGGCCUCGAGAAGGAUCUGUAUGUUCAAUCUCGUACUGUCACUGUCUUGGCAAUGGAUGGAAGAAGGAGGUGGUUGGACAUAAAUAAACUGGUAAGCUCACCUGAAAGUUCAGAAUUCUUGAAUCAAUAUAAUUAGAAUUUUUAUCGAAUUUUAUAUUAUAUUCUUAUAUCAAUUUUGUAUAGAUGACAAAUAAAUUUAAACCCUUGAAUUCUUGUAUAUUUUGUUCCAUCAGAUUUUUUGGCUUUUCUUCUUCAAAUUUGUCCUCGUAGCCUGUUUGUCUUCUUUAUGCAUUCUACCAGUGGCACCUGUCGAUCACCGUGAAUAAUUGGUUUUGCAUUAUUCUUUGGCUGAUAUUUUGUGGCACCUCGUAGAUGACUUUGAUUCCGUGUGAUUCCAGGAAAGGUUAAUUCCUAGGAAACUUGACUUUUUCCUUCGUGGUUUUUGAAAAUUUAGACAAUAAACCAUUUCUGACGUAGGUUAUUGCACUGUGCCUUCAUCUGUAACAUUAUACUCGCUUACAGAUUUUGCAAAUAGCAAUGCUAGUUGAUGUGGUUUCUUUAGCUGCGUAAGUGUAGACUGUUGUAUGAUAACAUGCAGGUUGCUCUUACAUUGUCCCAAAUUUUUGCUCUUUUUGUGGGAUGGCAAGGCUGUUCUCCCUAUAAUUUGCACCACAUAUGGCAUGACGUAGGUUAUUGCACUGUGCCUUCAUCUGUAACAUUAUACUCGCUUACAGAUUUUGUAUAUAGCUAUGCUUGCUGAUGUGGUUUCUUUAACUGUUUAAGUGUAGACUGCUGUAUGAUAACAUGCAGCUUGCUCUUACAUUGUCCCAAAAAUUUGCUCUUUUUGUGGGAUGGCAAGGCUGUUCUCCCCAUAAUUUGCACCACAUAUGGCAUGACCUAUUUUAUUUAAAUGUAUACUUUUUCUCAUAACCUCAAUAUCUUAUGAUACUAUUUGCUCAUUAAGAUUCUUAACUGUUUAGGGAUCAAACGGUCAAGGCCACUUCAUUUUGGUUACAAACCUUGCUCCCUGCUACGGGAUCAGGCUCCAUCUUUGGCCGGAAAAAAAUAGAACAUCUGAAAUGGUUUUCCCUGAGACUAAGAGUAUUGUUGAGGUGACCUCGAGGAUGGUACACAUUCCAGCUGGGCCCGCUCCAAGGCAGGUACACACUUUAAACAUAGGUGGUUCCCUUCAGGUUUUCUCCUUGAACUAUCAUGUUAUAAAGAUGUAGUCAGUAUCAGGUCUGACUGAUGUCAAUUAAGAGACAAUGUUCAAAUCUUUGGAGAAUGCUAUAUUUUGGUGUCAUCAUUUUUAUAUUGGAAACUCAUAUGAUUAUCAUUUUUUAUUGCUGUUGCACCAGAUUGAACCUGGUAGCCAGACUGAACAGGCACCUCCAUCUGCUUUUAUUCAGUUGGAUCCUGAGGAUAUGCGUGGUUACCGAUUCCUGACUAUUUCAGUUGCACCACGCCCGGUAUUUCUGUCUUUUCUCCCCAUGCUGCCCCCAGACCUUGUUUCAUCAGAACUGUUUUACAUGUUACUAUGUUAUCCUGCAUCUCUCUUAUUGGAACUAUGCACGUACGUGUUGUUUUGUUCCCAAAAAUAUUCGGCAUGGCUGACUUGGGUUGCCUCCUUUGUGAGAUGUUGUCUCUUCUUGUUGGUUGAGGUACAAUCACGGUAUACAAGAUAGGCAAGAUCAUGCGUUGCUUAGACAGAAAUAGGUAUUCUCUUUGGUUGUGUGACUUUUAUUGAGUCUUGUGUUCAGCUCUGGCACAACUACACGGGGUUGAUUUGGUGGUGGUGCUCAGGACUUUUAUUGGAUUCAUGAGAAUUCGGGUGGGUAAUGACUUUGGAACAUUUAAUAACCAGCUGAUGACACGUGUUACUGUCCCAGUGGGUUGGAGGCAACGAAAUAUGGAGAGAAUUACUCUAGUAACAUGUUUUGGGUCUCUUUCUUAUUUCUCUGAAUCUUCUUUAAGAGGCCUUUUUUGUACUGUUGUUUACGCAAUUUUAAUCCUACUAGUAUUAGUAUUUAAAAGUAUUUGAAUUAAAUGCGAUUAACGAAUGCAGCUGUGUCAUUUUUCAUCCAAUAUAUGAAAAUGUGCGAUUUUUUUCUGCAGACUGUUUCAGGUAGACCUCCUCCUGCUGCGUCAAUGGCAGUAGGACAGUUCUUUAACCCAAAAGAAGGGCAGGUCGAGCUGUCACCUAUGCUACUGCUUCGCACCAUCUACUCUCAAGAGGUUCGUCACUCAGCGUUAUUUGCCGAAGGAAGGCCUUAGCACAUCUUGAUUUAUAUUCAUUUUGGAACGUUUCAACCUUAUGUUUUUUAUCUUUAUAAUUUCCCAAUGCUUUGAUUCUGCAGGACAUAUUUUUGAGUGAAGAUCACCCACUGCCUUUUAACCUGUCAUUCUCAUUAAGUUUAGGACUUCUCCCAGUGACUUUGUCUGUGGGAACAGUGGGUUGUGGAAUAAAAGCUUCAACUCUUCAUAUUGAAAAACAGGCUGGAGAUGUUGAACAUAGCAGUGAGUUCAAUUUUGUCCCACCCCUCCUCCUAAUGUUGUCCAUGAUUUUUUUAUGAUUGAUCUUACGGCUCUUCAUUUUUCAGAGAUAAAUUGAGAGAAGAAUUUUUUUCAGCAUCGUUUCUGAUUAUAAUAUACUAUCUUCUACUUACCGACUCGUAUUUGUGAAACUUUGGUAGAAAGCUCAGGAUUGAAUCUAAAGGGAGAACAAGUCCCCAGAAAUGAAACCCGUGACUGUCUAUUUCAGUGUAUAAUUUUGGCAAUAGCUAGCAUCGCCAUUCCACAUGGGUUUUCAUUACGUGAUUGACUGCCUUAAUACUAAUGAAUGUUUAAUAAUGAACAAAACUGGUUCAUUCUCUUUGAGACUUUUGGGCCACUAUGAAUUAUCUAUAAAUUAUAUUUUUAUUUUGUCUUUUGUAUGAACCUUAACUAGUGUUUGUUGUUUUACCAUUCUUCCAUUAAAUGAAAAAAUGAGCAUUCAUCUAUUACUUUUGUUAGAAGGCCACGAACUCAGACUCAUGACAUGUAUAGUUGACUCUAACAUUAUUUUUUUCGGAAGAUAGAGGGUAAAAAAUAAGGCAGAUUGUAGUUUUUUGGUUGGUUGCUUUUUAAAGGACCAUACUAUCAGAUUGGAUGUGCUUUUAAAAAUUGCCCACCUCCUAAUUUAUUAGUAGCUUUUCUAGCAUUUUGCUUUAAAUCAGAGCUCUAAACUGUUUGUUGAACAUGUAGACCUCAGCUAGCAUAUGACUUUUAGCCACUCAAUUGAGUGCUCCAUCAGGAUUAUCAGUGUUCUUAUUUAGUUGCGCUUCCCCCAGUAUCAGUAUGGCAGAGGAAGAAAACCCUUGGUAACGCUUGGUUCCAUGCUCUGCACCCACUUCCCAUGAUGCAUAGACAGAACAGAACGGGCGGGCUAUCCUGGGUCUCUUUUAACAGAUGUGCUAUCCAUUGGUUCUCGUGCAUACAAAUAAGUAGGCCUAUUCCCAGGUCUGUGUUACAAAGUACACUGAAGUGUUUCUCAUUGUAGACCUAGUGAUCAUGGUUUUCAUGGAUGCUAAUCUGUCAGGAUUCCAAGGUGAAGUCCAAAAAAUUUGAUUGCCUUGAUUAUCUUAUCCAUCUUUCUGGCGCUUAAAUUAACAUGAGUUUUUUCGUGAUGUGAAAAUUCUCGUUUUAGCCUAUGAAGCGACAAAGCAGCCACUCUUAGUGGGUCUGGUUUACCACCCACUGGAACAUUUAUUUUUCAGAUUUAGAUUUAGCAUUCUGCAUUUCAGUUUCCCCGCAUAUAGGAUUAGUUUUUUAACUCGUGCAAAUUUGAAUGAAAUCGUAAAUUCUUUUAGGACUCAGUGCAAUAAAUAUUUUUUCCCCUACUACUGAUUAACUUGUUUGUGGUAAUAGAAGUUUAUUAUGAUCUACUGUUGGUUUAAAAAUAUUUUUUGUGCCUUUUAAGUUGUGAUGUCCAGUAGUGUGCUUGAUCUAUUACAUGCAUCAUAUGCUGAUGGUUUUCUAGUUUCAUAUUGUCUAUUAUAUGGUUGCUUUGUGGAUGAUCAAAGAUUACAUCAUAAAGGAAGAUACUAACAAAAACUGUUGUUAGAAGUGCAGGCCUCUGUAAGCUGCGGUGCUUCCCACCUGUUGCUCUAGCUUGGGAUGCCAUGUCGGGUGUACAUAUUGUUCCAAAUUUAUAUUCCGAGAUAAUUCAGGUGGAUUCUUCACCUGCAAAAUGGGGUUCGAAUGCGGAGUCUGAUAAAACUACAUUGUUGCUGCUGGUAUGGAAGCUUCACCUAAUCUGUAAUAUGUUAUAGCCUGUAGAAAGCUAUUUGAGCAUGUAAUUUAAAAAAUUAGAAUACACAAUGUCAUCAUAUAAUUUUAAAAAUUAAAAUUAAAAAACCAAUAAAUGAACCUGGAAUGGAGAAUAAAGGGGGAGAGAGAGAGAGAGAGAGGAUGGAGAGAGGGGGUGCACGAGAGAGAAGAGAGAUGAGAGAUGAGAGAGAGAGAGAGAGAGAGAGAGAGAGAUCGUCACCACCGUUGCCCAAUUGACCUAUCUCUGGUUUUGUUCAGUCUACUUAAAUGAUACUUGAUCCGCGGCCAAAACAGGUGUCUUAACAUCAUUCUAUCAAAAAAUUGCAAAACAUUUUAGGCUUUUCUUGGAGCAUAAAAAAUUUGAUCAAUUUGGUGAAAUGAAGCCAUCUUCAUCCAUUUCUACAGGUGGAUCCGCAUUGUUCGUAUAAAGUCAGUGCUUCUGUUUCAUUGUCUUCUGCUGCAAGCAGGUUCACUCUCUUAUAUUUUUCGCAGGUAAUCUCUCAGAAAAUUUGAAAAUCGAAACUGAAUAUAUUCAACCACUGGACAGCCUUUGCUCAUACCAACUGCUUUAGAUCUUUAUAAAUAGGAAAUAAUGUUGGCACUUUUGAACGUCUACAAUGAAUAUUCAUUCUUUAGUAUGCAUAUUUCUUUGACAUUCGGCAAAUGAUAACUAUGUGACUGAAGAAAAUUAAUGUCAUCUUUAACUGACGCGAUUCUAUAGAUUUAAGUCAUGAUAUGCUGGAAGUUGAGAUCGAGACAAUAACUUAUCAGGAUUUCCUGUAUACUCCUAUUAUAGUUUAUAAGUUAUUCGUCCAUCAGCAUUUUUGAUAAUUUAGUAUAAUCAUUGUGACAAAGUUCUCCAUGAUCCAUUAUUCGUAAAAUAGUAAAAAAUAGCUAAGUAAACAUUGGGAUAUUUUUCAUGUAUCACCAUAAUGAGGAUAAUCUAUGCAACAAAAGGAUAGUCUUCUAGACACAUUCUGUAUAAAUUUAUAUUUCAAAAAGGAUAUACUUCUUAUUGAAAGACAAGAAAAAGGUAUGGUCAGCAAAAGACAUUAGGAAAAAAGGUUAUAAGGUUAAUUCGAAUGAGGUGACAGAAUAUGUGAUAGAAAAUACAAUCAGAAUGGUGGGAAGUUGACAGGAGUGGUUUCAGUACGCAGGAGCAUAUUUGGCUGUGCAGAUCAUUUUUGAAGUCUUGAGUACUGUUUCUUUACAGGGUUAGCACAUUUGUUUCUCAAAUACUCUCUUUCCAUGAUUGUCAAAAGGAGCUGAGCAUGUGCACUUUUUAAGGUCUUAUGUGACCACGUUUUAUUUUAAUUAUCUAUACAGGCAUUCUGUUUCAGUUUGCAAUGAUUUUGAAUUUAUUUUGAUUUCCAUGUUUUUCUAACCUUGCAGAUUAUCGGGUUCAUGACAGCAGUGGUGUUUUUUGCUCUGAUGCGACAAGCCCAUGCCUGGGAGUUUGAUUUGCCCCUCCCAUCCGUUUUGAUGGCCAUGGAGAUGAACUUAAGGACGCCAUUUCCAUUCCUUAUGUUUGCCAUAUUACCAAUCUGCAUGUUCUUAUUCCUAUCAUUGCUAGCAGCCCAAUCACUUCCUUCAGUUGCCACCUUUACUGUGGUGUCGAUUGUCUGUUAUGUCAUUGCAAAUGGAUGUCUGAGCAUAUUGAUCUUAAGCUCCCAGUCUGUUCUCUAUCUUGCGGCCUCUGUACAUAUUUUCAUCAAGAAACGGUUAGUAUGAUCUGUAACCUUCAGAGUCUAAUCAGCUAAGCACCACCAUAAACACCAUGUCGUCUCUGUGUACGUCUCAAAAACUUUGCAGCAUUUGAACGAAUAGAACCUCUGGAACCUUUUUCAUGCCUAUGCAUAUAUUUCCCGCGUUAGUCAUUACUAUUUUAUUGACUUUAAUAAAUCAUGUGUCUGGCCACUUAUUGUCCGAUACGUAUCUCGUCACUGGCAUGGAAACAUGUUAUGAGAUCAUAUUGUUACACAAUUUGAGCGAAUUAUUCUAUGUUCCUGUGUUCUUAAGUAGAAAUUGCUCUGAUCCUCAUAUAUUGUCCUUUAUUGGAGGAAGAUAAGUGUUCAGACUGCAUCUGCACUGUUUCCUGAACUGAUUUAUUAUUGUGCUACAGAUGGCAUGGAUGGGAAGAAAGUUAUCGCUUCAUCUUUGUUCGUCACGUCUUUAAUUUUUCAUCUGCCUUAUUUUCGUUUAAGGUAAAGCUUGGUGCUCACUCAUUUCAUUAGCUAACAAAAUUACAGCCACAUUUUCGUCUGAAUUAACUUCUUAAUAUUGGCUUCUCAUUUUCCUUAAAGAAUCUACUUUUGAGGAUGAUCAAAUCGAUUGUUGCAGUAUUACUUUUUUUUUUCGUACAUCUCAACGCUUCAUUUAUCAUCAUUUAAUACCAAAAUUGGCCCUGUUUGUGGUUUGAUCUUUUCUAUUCAUCAACAGAUUAUGCGGGCUCUCAAAGGCAACCCUGAUGCCAUUCUAGCGUUCGUUGCUAUUGUACUGGUCACUUUUGUCCAUCCUUCAGUGGGCCUUAUUUUUCUACUCCUAGUUCAUGCAUACAACUGCCAUGCUGCUCUCUGCAGGUAUUGCUCCCGUUGUCCUUGUCUCUGUUUUUCUUAAUGUCAUGUGCUCAUCUGCCAAGGAAUAAAAGAAAUAGUGGGAUAAAUACGUUAGAUAGGGAAGAGCUUGAAGUCAAGUUCAAGAAAUAUCUUUGUGAAAUCUUGACCUGAAAAACUUCAUCCUUUCUUCUGUCUUCUUCGAAUUCUACCUAGUUGAAGGCCAUAGAUUCAAUAAAAAAACUAAUCAUUUCUGAGUUCAGUGGUUCUCUGUUUGAGCUAACGUGGGUCACACUUUCCAUUUUGUGCCCAUUUUCAUUUUUUAUUUCUAUUCCUCGUAUCCAUUUAUAUAAUAAAUAUUUAUCUACGGCUGCUUUGGCUACGGUUCCUUUAUCAUUGUAGCUGAGUAUAAAGAAAUGCAUGAUGUUCUUCGGUAAAAUCAACUUAUGGAAAUAUGGUGCAGAGGAUACCAUCUUCUUCAUUUUAUUUGAAAUCAUGACUACAGAUAAUUAUUCGUUAGUUUCAUGGUUUCUGAUUUGGGGGAAAGAGAAAUAGGAUUAAUUUCUCAGGUGGACAAGAUCACAGAAGAAGGUAGGCGUCCAAAUCAAAAUUAGGGACGCCUGACAUGGUCACACGAUCACUGCUCAUUUUUUUUUGUGCUAAUAGUGGAAAAAAUGAGUCAUCAGACGUCGCGUGUGCCUACUACAUCAUCAUACUCUGUUUUAGCUUAAUAUUUGCAGCAUUCUAUGGUAUUUCACUCUUUUCGAGUAAAAAUAAUUUAACCCAUGCGCAAGAGAAGCGUUUUUUUCUCUCUGCUUUAGAAAAUAUUUAGAAUUGACAAUUUUUGUUCUUUGAUGAGGCUCCUGAUCUUCACAGUUUGCAGAUGGGUCUGGCGUUUCUAAGGCCCUUAGUCCCACUGAACUAUAUACAUAUCCUGCUCUUCCAAUGAUGCUCUCCAUGUCUAUCUAUGGCUGCUUUAUGAUUUUUCAUUAUCUAUGUUGUUUGUUCACCUUAUAAACUGAAAAAUCUGAGAUCGCGUUCUAAAUGGUAGCUCCCAUCCUUGUAACAGUUUUUUGGCGGCUUCCUUUCGCAGCGAACGGAAGGAGGUGUUUGACUCCACAAACAGAGACCCGAAACCCCAAUAUGGUGAUGUGUUCAACCAGAUCUUACCCCUCGAUGAGAAUCACUCCACCAGUUCGGCCUCUGGGAAGAGUUUUGCUGACACGCAACUCGAGUUAUUCAACUAUCGCCAUGGCUUGCUCAUCCUGCAUCUUCUCGCAGCCGUCAUGUUCGGUCCCUCACUAGUUGCCUGGUUACAGGUUCAUAUUCUCUAAUCCCUCCUUAUAGACUGCUGUAGAUCUUAUCAGGGUCUCUUCCUUGACAAUAGUUACCCAUAUGCUUUGACCUAAUGCUUCCUGGAGGCCGUUAGAGAGGUGCUUAUAAGCGUGCCCAUUAAAAGGUCAACAUCUAUAGACCAUUACAAGCCCCAAGAUACUGCCUUCUGCUACCUACCUCCUGAAGGAGCCCCCACAUCCAUCGCCAGACGAGCUGAAGGAGUUAUUGCCCUGAUCUUGAUAUAAAUAGAAAACUCUCCAAGGCACUUUAAUCAUAAAAGAUAAGUGUUUGAACCGUAAUUGAUGUAUUUGGUCUAGAAUUCACUACCUCACUCUAGCUUAAGUUCCUUUCUGACCACCGAUUUGCGGUCAACUGAAGAAUGGCCGCCUUCCUAGAAAGCCCCAUCACAUAAAAGGACUGCCCGAUUCAGCAAUUUAUGUAUGCUUACCAUGCUCACCCUCUUCCCUCGAGCAUCUUCUUCCUGCACUGUUUGCAAAUAAUGCAGAUUUAUGUAUGCUUACCAUGCUCACCCUCUGCCCUCGGGCAUCUUCUUCCUGCACAGUUUUGCAAAUAAUGCAGACAUAUUUCCGCACUUUGGUUUAUUCUGGACUUGUUCUAUUCUCAAUCCAGAGGACCAGAAGAAUGGGUCACAGCUUUCUUGGGCUCCUGGACUCGGUGCUCUCUGCGGGCGUCGUUCUCCAUGGCAUCUGUGGCUGGAAGCCCGACAUCAGCUCCCUCAAGUUUCACCUUCCGGGCAUCCCCUACCAGGACAUCGGUCUCAACGUCCUCUACCUCCUCUGCGGGUACUACUGCUGUAUCUAUGCCCUCGCCUCAGCUCCCUACAGAGCGAUCCACGCCAUGGCAGCCAUGGGCGCCAUCUCCCUGGUCUCCAAGGUCAUUGACAGAAGCAGAGAAAGGGGUGACAAUCGGUUCAGCAGAUCCAGGAAGCAUGCCCACAAGCACAAGUGA